AAGAUCAAUAAAAUAAUAAUCUUAGUUAUGAAUACAUUAAAAUCACGAGUUAUAGAGCACGUAUUCUUAGAUUCCCGGAUCCGCAGACUAGAAGAGGAAAUCAGGUCACAGUUUUACUCGGCAAGUCCAUCUAUCUAUUAAAAGAUCUUGGACGCUCUUGCCAGUAUCUUCUGUGAACAAAUUUAAUUCUAGUCGGAGGCCCUCGGAAAAUCCAUUCUUUCCUACUUUUGGAACUCUAGCGCUAACCUGGACGAUCUACUGGACAAGAAGUAGAAAUAUUUCUCCCUUCUGAAGUCAGUUAUCGAACAGAAGUCUCUCUGGCAAUGGCGGAGUUUGUAGUAUUACAUCUGCCUCUUUAUGCUGGGAGGCAUUCCGUCUCUGUUGUUUGGAGUGUGGUGGAAACUCUACGAGAAAUACUCGACUCCUGCAGUUUCUCCCCAGAAACAGGAUGACGUUUCGCUUCUCGAGGCUGGAAAGUCACCUCAUCUAGGCUCCAACCCCAAAGAAAAUGAGGGGUGGACCUAUUUGUCAGUUCUGAAGUCAACUAUCAAACGGAAAGCUGCCUGGCUAAGGCAGAGUCUGCAGAAUUAACUUUCUGGGCUGGGAGGCAUUUCUUCUCUGUUCGUUGGAGUGUGGAGGAAACUCUGCAGGAAAAGUUCGACUCCUGCAGUUUCUCCCUAAAAUCAGGAUGACGUUUCGCAUCUCGAGGCUGGAAAGUCACCUCUUCUAACAUCCAACCCCAUGGAAAAUGAUGAAACUGGCGCUUUAGUCAACACUUCUGUGUGUGAUGUACAAGCAGGUAAAUCCUGCUCCACGGAAAACGAUCAGGAAACCGGCUGUUCAGUCGACUUAUCCGAGGAUGUGGCACAGGCAAUUGUAUCCUGCUCCACGGAAAACGAUCAGGAAACCGGCUGUUCAGUCGACUUAUCCGAGGAUGUGGCACAGACAAUUGUAUCCUGCUCCACGGAAAAGGAUCUGGAAGCCGGCCGUUCAGUCGACUUAUCCGAGGAUGUGGCACAGGCAAUUGUAUCCUGCUCCACGGAAAAGGAUCUGGAAGCCGGCCGUUCAGUCGACGUAUCUGAGGAUGUGGCACAGGCAAUUGUAUCCUGCUCCACGGAAAAGGAUCUGGAAGCCGGCCGUUCAGUCGACUUAUCCGAGGAUGUGGCACAGACAAUUGUAUCCUGCUCCACGGAAAAGGAUCUGGAAGCCGGCCGUUCAGUCGACUUAUCCAAAAAUGAAAACACAGCAGAGGACUCCUCCUCAGAAGAGAGGGGAUACAGCAUUAUGGACAAUAAAACAAGUGAUGAUUAA